AUGGUAAAAUAUACAACAUUUUUUGCAAAAGAGCUGAGAAAGGACUCCCACUGCAAAGAAGUCCCUGACAGAAAAAAAAAUGUCUGGGAAUCUGGAUUCAGCUGGAAUACAAAGCACAACUCUAAUGCUGAUGGCAAUAGAAUACUUCAGGAUUUGAAAGCUCCAGUGAAGGGAAUUGUCAGAGGACAUUUUUAUAUACCAAGCGUGUCAAAAAUUGGCACGUGGAAGAUUUCUGCGCACUAUGAAGACGAUGAAGAAAAUGCUGAUGUCCGUGAGUUCAAAGUCCAAAAAUUUGUUUUACCAAGUUUUGAAGUCAACAUUGAGAUGGGCCAACGUUACAUUUUGUUGGAUGAUGAACAAUUCCAGUUUACCAUCUCAGCAAAGUACUCGCAUGGUGAGGAAGUUAAAGGGGCUUACCACUGCCAGUUUGGCAUCAUAAAUAAUGGUCAAAAAACACCUGACUUCAUCAAGGGGUUGGAACUGACUGGUUCGGUCCAGAAUGGAUUUGCAACACUUAGUCUUCAAUUAGAAAAAGUUCGUUUAAAACUCAUGGAACAACUGAACCAAACCUUCUCUGAUUUGAUGGAAAGAGAAUCACGACUCUAUGUGGGAGUAUUUGUCACAAACAUUCAAAGUGGUGAAAUACAACAAGGAGUGGUUUACCUUCCAAUCAUUUCCCAAAAAUACAUUAUAGAUCUGUCUCGAACCCGUUCUCAUUUUCUUCCUGGAUAUCCACUCGAUGUGGUGGUGAUCACACGUCACCCAGAUGGUACCCAAGCAGCUGGUGUGCCAAUAAAUAUGACUGUAACUGUAGACAAAUCUUCACAGGAGUCAUGGAAAGGCAUCACUGAUUCAGACGGGGCAGUGUAUCCUGUCUUUAAUAAUCUUCAUGGAACACAGAUCACAGUUCAAGUCACAGCAGAUGGUGUUCAAAAAAGCAAAAUUAUAGAACGUGUUUCAUCUCCAAGUAACAGCUAUCUUCACAUGGCAAUUGCCAACAAGAUGUACUCUGUAAAUGAUGUUAUUUCUGUAACAUUCACAACAACUGAAGGCCCAAGUCAAGGAUAUAUAUACUUUUUGGUUGUAAGUCGUGGGAUCGUAAUAAAAGACGGCUCACUUCUAACUGGUCCAUCCGUUACACWCAAAGUGCAAAUAACAGCUGAUAUGGUUCCGUCUUUCCGCAUAAUUGGUUAUUUUCACGGCACAAAUGGUGACAUUGUAGCUGACUCAGUGUGGGUCGAUGUCAGAGAUGAAUGUGAGAUAAAAGUCAAGCCUGGGAAGUCAAUAACACUAGAACUGAACCUAAAUGGUCAAUCAGCGACAGUGGGACUGCUGGCUGUUGAUAAAGCCUUUUAUGGUCUGAAGGCUGAUAAUAAACUCACAGCCAAACAGGUAUUUUCUUCCAUGAAGUCAUAUGACCUUGGCUGUAGAUAUGRCGGGGGAGCUGACUCGUCAUCAGUCCUUGUGGAUGCUGGCCUUUCUUUUGCAUCUCAGUCUAUUUCAAGAUGGAGGAUGAGUUCUGAAUGUGAUUCACAAACUGUACGACAAAGACGUUCUGUGGACCUCCAACAGGAAAUGAUGACAUUUAAGGCAAAAUUUGAAGAUCCAGACCUGCAAGAAUGUUGCACUAAUGCAUUUUCUGGCAUCCCUAUGAGACGAACAUGUGAGGAAAGAGCGGCUAGAGUUCAACUAGUGAAAGAAAAUCAAACGUGUGUGGAUGUUUUUCUACAGUGCUGCAAAGAAGCAGAGAAGAUGAGACAAAGAAAGAUGCUAGAGGAUGUCCAGAGUGGCCUCGGCAGGACUAUGACUACAGCUGAAAUUGAAGAGUUUCUCUUUAAUUUGCGUGAUCACAAUAUUCGACGACACUUCCAUCCGAGUUUUGAGUUCAAAGAAUUUGAAGUGAAUGGCAAAAAAAAGCAUACCUUUGUUCUACCAGACUCCAUCACAACAUGGGAAAUCCAGGUGGUCACAUUAUCUCCUGCUACUGGUUUCUGUGUAGUUAAGCCACAUGAAGUCAAAGCAUUUAAAGAAACAUUUGUGUCCCUGAGGCUGCCUUACUCUGUUAAAAAAUUUGAACAACUGUCUGUGUCACCUGUUAUCUACAACUAUGUCAACAAAACACAACAGCUUGUAGUCCAAAUGGUACAAACUGAAGGACUUUGCUCUCCUGCUUCAGCUACGAAAUCCUCCUUUGUUACAAUUGACCUGGAACCACUGUCUUCUCAGCAUGUUUCCUUCUCUGCUGUCCCCAUGGUUUCAGGGCCAUUACCCAUUAAAAUACUUCUUUUUGAUCCUGAAAAUGAAAUGUUAAUAGAUACAGUGGAGAAAAAGCUGAAUGUGCAGACAGAAGGAUUUGAAAAAAGAGAAGAAAAAACCAAUGUAAUUAAAUUUGAUGGGCGGAGUUCAAAGACUCUAUAUAUUGAUGGUAGUUUGCCAGAUAAAACAGUCCCUGGCUCCAGCUCCAAUAUGUUCAUUUCAAUAGAAGGGGAUGGAUUUCCAAGUUCACUUGCGAAGAAUCUUCUUAGUCCAGAAAAAGUUCUAAAUUUGAUUGUACUGCCCAGAGGAUGUUUAGAACAGACUGUAAAUAGACUGGCGCCUACUGUUUUAGCCCUCCGCUACCUUGACUUAAGUGAUCAAUGGUUAGAACUGCCUUCUGAUGCCAGAGAUAGGGCUCUUGAUAACAUUAAAUACGGUUAUAUUCAAAUUUUAAAUUACAAAAAAUCGAAUAACGACGCAUAUGGAUCAUUUUAUUUUGCACAAUCUAGCACUUGGGCGACUGCCUAUGUAGUGAAAGUUCUGUCGAUGGUGGCGGAGCGUCAAACAGCAGCUUUUGACCCACAGGGUCAGGUUAUUGAUGUUCUAAUAGAACAAGACCUCAACCAAUCAGUCACUUACUUGCUCUCACAACAGCAGAGUAACGGGUCAUUUAUUGGUUCAAAUCUUGUGUUACACCGAGAUGUUAAGAAAGACCAAAGUUCCUGGUUGACUGCUUUCAUUACACUUUCACUGAAACGAUCCCUUCAGUUCCUGAAUCCUAAUGUUCGAUCUAAAGCGGAGGCAGGCAUAUCAAAUGCAACAGCAUAUCUCCAGUCUCAGGUUGAGGAGCUGAGCCAUCCAUACGCCAUGGCCUUAACAGCUUAUUGUCUCUCAGUUUGUCUGCCAAAGGAAGCGGAGUCAUUGUCUGCAUGGAAGAAACUUCAGUCAAGAGCAUUAAAAGAUAAGAAUCACUGCUACCUGUGGACUGAAAAUCUCAGUCAAGUGAAUAUAAAAACGGAACAUGCCACCGCAGUCGAGACAACAGCCUAUGCUCUUCUAACUGCUGUGGAGCUUGCAGAUUAUGAGUGGGCAGACCAAAUAGCCUGUUGGUUAACCAGCCAAGAAAACUAUUUUGGAGGCUACAAAUCAACACAGGAUACUGUUGUGGCACUUGAAGCCCUUUCAGAGUAUGAAAUAAAACAGCCCAGACCAGAAGGAAACAUAAAAGCUGAGUUCAUUUUUCCAGGAAAGACUGACAUUGUAACUAUUGCAUUGAAGGAUAAAAAAGAAAAAGUGGAAACAGAUCUAAAGAAAAUUACAGGAAACACGAUUAAUGUCACUCUGACAGGAGAAGGAAACUUUAAAGUUAAAACUGUAAAAGCUUACUAUGUGCUGGACCCUGAAGACAACUGUGCCCAACUUUCUAUCAGUGUCACAAUGGAAGGGAAAGUGAAGUACACUGCAACUGUCACAGAUAAUUAUGACUAUUAUGAUUACGACGACAAUGUGGAUAAGCAGGCACAAGAGGCACCAGUUGAGACUGAUCAUUUUGAUGCUCUCAUACGAAGCAGGAGAGAUCUUGAAAACAACAUAAACUCAGACAGCACUGUUACCUACACUGUUUGUGUCAGUCGUAAUCCAAACACCAGUCUAUCUGGGAUGGUUAUUGCUGACAUCACACUACUUAGUGGAUUUGAGGCUAAAGCUGAAGACCUGGACAUGCUAAAGAUGCCCGCUGAACAAUACAUCAGUCAUUAUGAGUUAUCCUAUGGAAAAGUGGUGCUCUACUUCAAUGAGCUCUUACAGCAACAGGAAUGCAUCAGUUUUGAUGCUGAACAAAAAGUGCCAGUUGGCCUUCUACAGCCGGCUCCAGCUACAGUUUAUGAUUACUAUGAACCAAACAGGAAGUGCACUGUGUUCUACUCUGCCCCAAAAAGAAGCAAGAUGGUCUCCAAAUUGUGUUCAGAGGAUGUUUGCCAAUGUGCAGAAAGACCCUGUCAUAAACUGCAGGAUACAUUCAAAGUACAGMGAGGUAAAUUACUCGCAAGAGAAAAGAGACCAGAUCAUGCUUGCUUCUUCCCAAUAGUGGAUUACGCAUACAUUGUUGAGAUCCAGAGUGUUUCUGUUAAGAGCAACUUUGAGCUGUAUAAAGCUAACAUAAAUGACGUCCUCAAAUUUUAUGGAGAUCAUCAUGUAAAUACCAAUUCUGUCCGAGUGUUUGCCAGGAGGCUUCAGUGUAAAGGGGAGUUAGAAUUAAGAAAACAAUAUCUCAUUAUGGGCAAAGAUGGCGCCACUAAAGAUUCAAAUGGAGAGAUGCAGUAUCUGCUGGAAUCAACCACGUGGGUUGAAAAAAGACCUCUGGCAGACGAAUGCAGCAAAUCUGUUAAAGCAAAUGGUUGUGAAGCGUUUAAUACUUUCGUUGAAGAAUUCAAGGAUUAUGGCUGCAAACAGUAAAAGACGCCAAAUCCAUUAACUUUACUGUCAUUUAGAUCUGCUGAUUGUUAUUAAAAUUACUACAGUCAGAUUAGAUGGCAAAGAUUUUUACUAUCCAACUUAUUAAUGUUUCUAAUUAGGUGUAAUAAACCAUCAUCAUCAUCUAUCCAGUAUAUAUGCACUUAUACAAAUAAAAAUUGUGUGUGACAGA